UUAACAUGCAUGCAAAAUCAAAUGACGAAUUACUAAAUCGACAAAUAGAAAAGAACAUUAGCAUCUGCAACAUGGGAAACAAUGUGGCUUCAUCUUCAGAUCCUCCUCCGCAAGGCAGUUGUUCUGCUUCUUCGUCACCUUCAUGGCAUUUGAUCAGAUUCCUCGGAUCAUAUUCACCCACGUACGAGAGAACAAAACCGAUGUCGCAUACCAAAAUCCUUUUAGCUACUUCCAUUGGAUUAUUCAUAGUAGUUGCCGCCCUGCAUUAUCGUCUCAAGAGAAUCUCCAGGGACCGAAAAAUUGUGCCGAAAUUGAAAAUUCUGUCGGACUCCGCCGAGCCUGAAGGCUUUCCUCAAUAUGUAGCUCGGCAGAUGGGAUUUAGGGAGAAGAAAGAGUGCCCAACUUUGUGCAAAUUAGCAUCAGAGUACAUAAUAAAAGCGGAUGGGUGCGAGGAGGACAUCUACAGUUUCUUUGCCAACGAGCCGGACGCCGAUUCCCUUUUCAUCAAGCUUGUGGAAGAGUUUGAGAGGUUGAUCCUCAGCUAUUUCGCUUUCCAUUGGACCCAAGCUUCCUAUAUGAUUAGUCAGGCAUUGGUUAGUGCUGAUAAAUCUUCAGAGCCAAAAAAGAAGUUGAAAAAAUUUGUGAUGGAAGCAACAAGGGAACAAAGAUUUGAGAGAGUCACAAAGAACCUAAAAGUGGCAAGAGUAUUUAAUACAUUGGUGGAGGAGAUGAAAGCGAUAGGGCUAGUGUCGGCAGAUGAUUCUAGAUGUACGGAUGUGAUGGUUCCAAUGGCACACAAAGACAGAAGCCCAGUACUCCUCUUUAUGGGUGGUGGCAUGGGAGCCGGUAAAAGCACCGUUCUCAAGGACAUCCUCAAAGAACCAUUCUGGGUAGAAGCUAAAGGAAAUGCAGUUGUGAUAGAGGCAGAUGCCUUCAAAGAAUCAGAUGUCAUCUAUAAAGCCCUAAGCUCAAGGGGGCACCACCACGACAUGCUUCGAACUGCUGAAUUGGUGCAUCAAUCAUCAACAGAUGCAGCUUCUUCAUUGCUAGUGACUGCACUAAACGAGGGACGUGACGUGAUCAUGGACGGGACCCUCUCAUGGUUGCCAUUUGUGGUGCAAACAAUCACAAUGGCUAGGAAUGUGCACCGUCGUCGAUACCGGAUGGGACACGGCUAUAAGGUUGAGGAUGACGGGAGUGUGAGUGAGAAUUACUGGGAGAUUGCUGAAGAUCAUCAAGAUCUUGUGGAAGGGAAUAGAAAAAGAAGGCCUUACCGGAUUGAGCUUGUUGGGGUGGUUUGUGAUGCCUAUUUAGCUGUCAUUCGAGGCAUAAGGAGAGCUAUAAUGUGCAGGAGAGCAGUGAGGGUGAACUCACAACUUAAAUCACACAAGAGAUUUGCAAAUGCAUUCACAACAUAUUGCAACCUCGUAGACGUUGCUAGACUCUACAGCACUAACGAUAUUGAAGGCCCUGCUAAGCUGAUAGGAUGGAAGGACAAAGACAAGACAUUACUUGUGGAUCCAGAUGAAAUAGAGGUAUUAAAAGUGGUGGGGAAGUUGAAUGAGGAAGCAGACUCCAUAUAUGAGCUUUACAAACACCCUAAUCCAGCCUUUGGAAGAGGAUCAAUGUGGAAGGACAUUGUGUUGUCUCCUUCGAGGUUGAGCAUUCAAAUGGAGCUCAAAUCUUUUAUCGAAAAAAAUGAAAAUUUUUAAGGAUGAAUUUUUGUCUUUCUAAUAUUCAUCUGCAAAUUGAUGCUCCAAAUAUAUAAAUAAAUAUUAGGGCCUGAGGUAAUAUAAAAUAUUCAUUCAAUCUAUUUUCUAUCUGAGUAAUGUGAGUUAAUUUU